AUGUCCAUAAUAUUUCGUUAUAUUUUAUCCGGUGGUACGCCAGUUGAGAGAUUUUGGGGUUUUUUUAAUCCAUCUGGACAUGAUGCAAAGUCACUAUCAGAGUGCAUAAAAUAUAACUUAAAAGAAGUAAUAGAAAAUCACGGCAAAUUAAUCUCGCAAAGUUAUGACGGAGCUGCUGUGAUGAGUGGUCGACUUUCCGGCGUUCAAAAACUCAUAAGAGAUGAAUAUACAAAUGCACAUUUUGUUCAUUGUUAUGCCCACCAGUUUUAA